GAGCACGGUACUAUACAUCAAUCCUUAAUGAGUGAACUCUAGUUCUUAAUUUUCUAAUACUCGAAACACUAAGAUUGUUUAUCUAGCAUGUUGGAUGUAUAUCGAUGAAUUAGAACCGUGAAACUACUGUUUCUCAUUAAAUUGAUCUGAUGGUUAUAUGAUUUCAAAAAUUAGGGCAUAGAUUUUGGUAGGAAUACAGUUGUACAAAACCUUUUAUUCCUUUUUUUAAUUAAUUUUACUCGACUACAUUCUGUUUGUUUCUAAUUAAUUUUUUUAAUUAAUUUUUCUCGAGGUUGGAUUGCGGCCUUAUGUCUAAAAUUCCUCUUAGAAGGCCCCUGAGGAGCGAUUCUAGGGUCUGGACUGACUCAGAUGAUGGGAAGUACUCGGUGAAAUCAACUUAUAACAGAAUCUUUGAGAGCCGUAACCACAAUACAACUUCUCGCAAUUUUAUCACAGACGAGGAAACUAAGUUCUGGAUUAGUCUAUGGAAAACCUCUAUCCCUCCUAAGGUUCGAAUGUUCAUUUGGAGGAUGGGGAGGAACAUCUUACCAAUGGGUUGCAACAUCGAAAAGUGGAGUGAGGAUGCUAACUUGGAUUGCCCUUUCUGUGAACUGCCUGAAGAUCAAUUGCAUGCUCUGAGAGAGUGUGGCUGGGUUCGCCGCCAAUGGAGCACAUAGGAAGGAAAAGGGUUAUUCGAAAUGGGAGAAGGAAGAACUUGCAUGGAAUGGUUGAGAGAAGUCUGGAGCAUCUCAAGUUUGGAUCAGAUACAACAAUUUAGCGUGAUUCUUUGGAAUCUCUGGAAGGAAAGGUGCAAUCACCUGUUUAACAACCGCAAGAUCGACGAGGACCAGAUUAUCCCGGAGGCUAUAGGCUGGUUGCAAGCGUUCUUGGAAGCUCAGGACCCACCCAUCUCUAGCUAUGUGGCCCAGAAUCAGCAACGCAGUUCCAGUGCUUCUUCUGGCUGGAUCCCACCCCCAGAGGGAACCUUCAAACUUAAUUCUGAUGCGGGUGUUCUGAAUCAAACGGGUGUUGGCUUUGGCUGUGUCAUCAGAGACUGGGAAGGGAAGUUUUGUGGUGUGAUGGCGAAGAAAGAAAGAGGAUCGUGCAGACCCAUUGAAGCAGAAGCAAAAGCAAUCGUGAUGGGGCUUUGUGAAGCGAAUAGAAGGGGUCUCGGCCCUUUGAUGGUGGAAUCGGAUUGCCAAUUGUUGAUCGGGAAGCUGGAGAAUGGUGAAACUAAUUUUUCGGAACUCGGUGUCUGUUGCGAAGAUAUCAAGAAGCUGGCAAGAUGCAACUAAGGAUUUUCUGGUGUUGCUGUAAAAUGGUGUUUUACACCAAGGAAAAAUAACGCUACGGCCCAUUGGUUGGCCCAUUCUAUUUCGGGUUGGGACAGACAAGUUGUUUGGGUUGACAAUCCCCCUUUGAACCUCUUAUGUUUGUUGGAGGCUGAUUUGGGUGGGCUUGAUUGUAACAUGUCUUAAUCUCGUUGGAAUUUAAAGCCCACGGAUUCCCAUAAAAAAAAUUAUGCACCUACUCCAGUUGUAAACUCUUUUGUAACCAUGAUAUAAACCCAACGGCAAAUGGGUUAACGAUCCAAAAAUUCUCUCAUCGUCAGGUUUUACUCAUUAGAGUUUAACUCCAAUUACUUAAGCAUCUAGAUAGUUUUUUUUUACUGAAGAUAUACAAUACAUUGAUAUUUUACCC